ACACAGACAGCUGAAUUAAUCCUUUAACACGUGACAGAUGAUGAUUAUAAUCAUGAUAAAAGACUGUUUGAGAAUUAAUGGUGCUCGUAUCUAUCUAAAUUAUAUUAAUCAAAUAAUAAUAAAUCUUUUUCAUUGUUAUAGAUCUAAUACUCUGAUAUUCAUAUAUAAAACACAUGGUCAAUAGACUAUGGCAAAACUUGAUUUUUGAUUCGAUAAUAAUAACCCAUAAUAACGACAGAAUGACACAACUCAACUGAUUCAUUGACUAUAAUCAUGUACCAAAUAAAAUUAAUAUUUACAUAAGAUGACAAAAGUCUGUCGGGAUUUGUCUUAUAAACCCACAUGAGAUGCCAAUGUUAGGGUGAAACGUUUUGUAUGAUUAUGACAAUACACUGGAAUGAACCCAGUCUGUCUGCCUGUCUGACUAAUGAGCUGACGCACAAUGCUUACAGCUACUCCGAGGGCUCUGCCCAGAGAAACAGUGUGUUAACUUAAUAAAUGCCAGAGCCUGAGGGUGGAGUCGACCUCCUCACCCUCUCUUCAGGGAGAAAAAAACCCACAGCCCUACAGAAAAACCCUGUUUAUGCACAGAGGUUCUUCACCUCAUUACCCAGUGCAGCACAUCCCAGAGAUCCGCAGCGCACUGAUGCUGUACAGGAGAAUGUUUCACCGCCGCUUUGCAGACAAUCAUGUGGAGUGACAUGUCACCUAAAGGAAGCUGGAUACUGCAGUACCUGCACACGGUGUGUUUUCUUACGUGCUGCACAGCGGAUUUGUGCAACUGGAGAGGAAGUGGUGUGGUUGGCUCUUCUCUCUCUGGCUCGGUGCAGCAGGUGCGACUUCGUUGUUCUGCAGGUUCGGUCACGUGGUUUUCCCCGCGCCACGCUCUGCGAGUCGUGCUGCAGCCGAACGUGUGGGGCGCGCGCCCCGUGGCCGUGUGCGUUAAAGCGCUGCGGGGUUUGCGCGGCGCCGCGGUGUUCGUGGAGCGCGCGGCGAGCCUGGACCUCGUGCUGCAGGACGGGGAGUCUCCCGAACAGGUGCGCUGCUUCCGCGCGCACAAAGCGCAGAGUGUCGCCAUCUUCCUUCAGGCCAGUCCGCAGAUUCCCGCGGGUCCGAGUGUCGUCGGAUUCCGGUAUGAGCUCCUGCGCGACAAUAGCAGCGCCAAAGAGGUCCAGACCAGCACAGUGCAAGCUGCCUGUCAGCCGUGCAGUGAAUUGGAAAUCCUGAAAGCCGUCUGCAACAGUGACUUUGUUAUCCGUGGUUUCAUAAGGAAUGUAUCUCAUGAUUCUGAGCGGCAGACCUCCUUAGUAGAGGUGCAGAAAGGAAGAGUGUAUCGGCAACGAAGCGGAGUGUUUGAAAGAGAGCCAGGCCUCUCAGGCUCCUGGCAUGGGUACAUCCACACACAUCUGCGGUGUGGAGUUAAAGCAGGAGCUGGUCAAUUCCUCUUCACUGGAUCAGAACUCUUUGGGGAGGCUUGGCUUGGCUGUGCUCCUCGAUUUAAAGACUUCCAGUCCCUCUAUCGUUCAGCCAAGAAGGCACAUCAGUUGCCAUGUGAUUUUCCCACAGACUGAGCAGAAGAUUGUUCAGAUUUUCUGUCAUAGUAAUUUUGUAAAACUUUAAGGGCAUUUGAGCAGGACUUGAUACAAUUGAGCAGACCAAAGGUAUGACAUGAUAGAUCAUCGCUUUUGCUCUUUUUGAUUUGUAUAAAGCAAAAGCUUUGGGGUUUUUUUGGCUGAAGAAGAGCUUUGUUACUCAGACGUUCUUUAUGUGGAA